GAAGCCCAAGACGGCCCAAUCUGUUCCACAGAAAAACCCUUGAUAAAUCUGAGAGAAGAAGGAGGACACAAAAAUUUAGCAAAAAUGGAGGAGAAGCUCAAGUGCUUGGCAUUGGUUGGAGCUGGUGCUCUUUUGGGUUCUGUUUCUACAAUUUAUCUUCUCAGGCUUCUUCAGAGGAGGACUACAACCAAGCGCGACAAAAAUGGAAAGGGAAUUUCAUUAGAAACUGAUGUAGGAAGCUACUUAGUUGAUGGAGAUGGGGAUCAUAAGAUGGUUGGCUUUGACCUUUUAGCGGAUGAAAUAGUUUCUGAACAACUGACCAGGAACAUCCAGUUCUAUGGCCUUGAAUCGCAACGAAAAGUGACGGCGUCCUAUGUUGUGGUAAUUGGUCUUGGAGGGGUUGGGAGUCAUGCCGCAUCUAUGCUUCUGAGAUCUGGAGUUGGCAGGCUCCUAUUAGUGGAUUUUGACCAGGUAUCGCUCUCAUCAUUAAAUAGACAUGCUGUUGCAACACGAGCAGAUGUUGGUCUGCCAAAGGCACUGUGCCUCAAGAAGCAUUUUUCUUCAAUCUUUCCUGAGUGCCAAAUAGAUGCAAAGGUGUUACUAUAUGAUGCAUCAUCUGAAGAAGAAAUUCUUUCUGGCAAUCCUGAUUUUGUCCUUGACUGCAUUGAUAACAUUGAUACAAAGGUGGCACUUCUUGCUGCAUGUGUGCAUAGAGGAUUAAAGGUUCUAUCUGCAACAGGAGCUGGUGCUAGAGCUGACCCAACCAGAAUUCGUGUGGCUGAUUUAAGGGAGUCAACUAAUGACCCAUUAUCUAGAUCGGUUAGACACCGUUUAAGAAAAGAUUAUGGCAUUGAGGGAGGAAUCCCUGUUGUGUUUUCCUUAGAGAAACCUAAGGCCAAGCUGCUUCCAUUUAAGGGACCAAAUGGAGAAGAAAAUCCUUCAGAUUAUCAAAUAGUACCUGGGUUUAGGGUCCGCAUCAUACCUGUUCUUGGCACCAUUCCUGCCAUUUUUGGACAGGUCAUGGCCUCCUAUGUUGUGACACAACUUGCUGCGUUGCAAGUUCAAACUGAGCCCAUUGUAAAUCUAGAUAUAGAUCAUUACCAACUGCUUCAUCAACGGCUUAUUGAACAUGAGGAGUCAGUAUAUGGCACAGCCAUGCAUGUCCAGGUUGAUGUUGAAGAAGUGAUGUACGUUGCAAAAGAAUUGUGGCAUGGGCGAAGUGCAAGGGAGCAGUCAACAACAGAUGUGGGGCGUGGAAUGUGGCGAUCUGUUAAUGAGUUAAUGCUUGUAAGGUAUGAUGUGGCUACUGUUUACGGGGGAGCAUUUAACAUUUAUGAUUUUCCUUCUGUAGGUGUGUAGAACUCAAAAAUGACAGUAUUUGUUUCCACUUGUUAAUGUUCUUCUCGCAACCCUUUUUAUGCAUGGAGAACUUUUUGUUUGGCUAAUCAUAUAUCUAUUCUUUAAGCAAAGGAAAAGAAUUAGCACCAUUGAGUAGCGUUGAUUCUGUGGGAAUGGAAGACCUGACCAGAGUAUUCAAGCUUCUCUUUCUCACUGGAUUCGUUUUUCACUGCACUCUGUUCAUUAUUUCUUUUCAGAUGGGACCAGGCAAAGCCAGCAUCUGUAACAAAUUUAAUUCUUUUAAAAUUUAAAGAGGCAGAUGAACAUGAGUUGAGGACACUUGAUGAUAUCAGGGAAAAGGAACCGGAAUUUUUUACCAGGGUAACGUCAGUAUUGAAGCGAGCUGAACUAGAGUUUGCCUCCUAAGUUCCAUACUUCUCCAUGCAAAAUUUAAGAUAGAACAUUGUGAUUGAGGACCAUGAUGUCACUAAUCCAGGCACACGACCUUGGUUUUUGGUGAAAGGAACCAGAAGAAAGGGACAGGAGCACUUUCUGUGGACUAAUUUUUAUGAUAGAGAUUUGCUGGUCCAUUGGGUAAUGUUAAAUUUAGCAUUUGCACUUCCAAAAAACAGCCAGCAAUGUGGUUGUAGCAUUUUUAUUUUUGCUACCAUUUUGAGGGCUUGUAUAUUUUGUUUAUACCAUGCUGAGCAAUUUUGAAGAAUAGGAUAUGUGGACACAAUGUAGAAGAGAUAACUGAAUUGAAUCGUUUAGGAGGCUGAGUUUCUUGUUCUUGUAGUUCUAAAUUCAUGAAGAUAAAGAAAAGCACAUGUGAAUGUGCUGGCCCGAUGAAUAGACUGA